AAAACACUACAAACCUUCUUCUUCUUUUUCAAUCUAUCGUACCUUUUUCUUACUAUGAAUACAAGAGUACCCUUUUGUUUAUAUUACCAUAUGGGUUUCUUAAAUGGUUAUUUAAUUGAAUAUAAAUUUCGUAGUUUGUGUUAAUUAUGAUGUUUUUUUUUUUAAGUUUUAUUUGUUAAAUUCUAAUGGGUUUACACUAAUUUACUCAAAGGAAUGAUUUUUACUGGUUUUUAUGAACAAUGUAUUGUUUGAAGAAUCUUACUUCUAUUGGUAGAGGUGACAGAGGAGGUAGAGGUGGUGGAAUGAAGGGUUGAAGUAAGGUUGUUGUUGGAAAACAGACAUGAAGGUAUUUUCAUUGCUAAGGAAAAAUGAGAUGUUCUUCUUACUAAGAAUCUUGUUCCUGGUGAAGCUGUUUACAAUGAAAAGUGGAUUACUGUUCAGAACGAAGAUGGUACAAAAGAUGAGUAUAGAAUUUGGAACCCUUUCCGAUCGAAGUUGGCAUCUGCUGAACUGCAAAUUUGUAUGUUUUGAAAUUUUUGUUCUGUCUAAUCUGAUUAGAAUAUGCUACUAUGUUUAUGUUGACCAUAGUUGUGUUAUAUUUUCCAAUGUUGCUCAACCAGAUCAGGUGUGGCUUAACAUGAUGUUAUAUUAUUUCACUGUUUAUUUUUUCUGCUAUGCUUCUUGGCAAUUUGUUCAAGAUCUUCUACAUUGUUUUCAUGUUUUAAAUCCAAUUUUGUAUGAUAAUUUUCAUUUCAAAGUAUGUUUUGGUUACUAUAUCAGUGCAUAUGAUGAGUUACUCGGAUUCCCCUUCAAGACUUCUUGGAUGAUGUAGACCCGAGAUACUGAUGCG